AAAAAAAAAGAUUAUUUUCAUUGAUCACUUAUUUGUCAUAUAAGAAAUACUUUAGCUUUUUUAAGUGAAUAUUGUUCCAAACAGAAUUCUAAAAUAGGUAAUAGUAUUUACUAACAAUAUUAAUUAGUAGCGUCUUUUGCUCACACUAUUACAGUAAUAGCUUUAGAAUUGGUAGGUUAAUAUUUCGAUAUGAAUUUAACCGAAUAAUUUUAUAAUUUUCAAAUUAAAAAGAUUAUUUAUUUGAAGAAGUAACAAACAAAGUAAAUUACAAACAAAAAACAAAACAAGAACAAUAAAGAACAAAAAAUAACAAGAUUAUAAUGGAAAGAAUUAAGAAAAAAAUUUAAAAAGUGCCUAUUGAAAGGCUCAGUUCCAUCACAUCAUGUGUGAAUGUUUGUGUUGUUUUGAACUUUUUUAAAUUUUUUUGUUUUUGUUGUAUUUUGUAUUGGAUAAGGGAUGUGAUAUAAACGUUCUAAGUAGAUGACUGGUUAGGGAUAAGUUUCGAUGGGUUAGGGUGCAUGGUAUGGAUACUCUGGUGACAAUGAACGUCGUGGAGAUGUUGAUGGUGCUAUUGGACGUGGUGAAAGUAUUGAUGGUGAGAAUAGACGUGGUGGAGGUGUUGAAGAUGAUGAUAAAAAUGAGAAUAAAGCUGAGACUGACGAUGGAGAUAAUGGUGGAGGUGUUGAAGCGAUUGCAUGUUCAUAG